AUGUCCCUCCGCGUCCUCAUCCUCGGCAGCGGCGGGCGCGAGCACGCCCUCGCUUGGCGCCUAUCACGUUCUGAUCUCGUUCAAUCUAUCUAUGUCUGCCCCGGGAACGGCGGCACCUCCCGCGAGGCGAAGACUUCCAAUAUCGACCUUCCGGCCUCCGACUUUCCCGCCCUCAUCGACUUCGCGAUAAAGAAUGACAUUUCGCUCGUGCUCCCUGGCCCCGAGCAGCCCCUCGUCGAUGGCGUCGAGGCGCACUUUCGCAAAGUUGGCAUCCCAGUGUUUGGCCCCACCGCACUUGCCGCGCGUAUGGAAGGCUCCAAGGCCUUUUCAAAGGCGUUCAUGGCGCGCCAUUCAAUCCCCACUGCGCAGUUCCGCGUCUUCGCCGCGUCCCAAUUCGACGAGGCCGUGCAGUACGUCAAGACCUGCGGCUUCCGCGUCGUGCUUAAAGCAAGCGGGCUCGCUGGCGGCAAGGGCGUGCUCAUCCCAGAGUCCACCGAUGCUGCCAUCGCCGGCCUGCGCGAGCUGAUGGUCGAGAGCGUCUUCGGGGAUGCAGGCAGCGAGGUUGUCGUCGAGGAGCUCCUCGAAGGCCCUGAGGUCUCUGUACUUGCGUUCGCAGACGGCUACACCAUCACGCCACUUCCCGCUGCGCAAGACCACAAGCGUAUUGGUGAGGGCGAUACAGGGCCCAACACCGGUGGGAUGGGAGCAUAUGCGCCCGCGCCCGUGGCCACUCCCGCAGUGAUGGAACAAAUCAUGAAGGAGACGCUGCAGCCCACCAUCUCAGGAAUGCGAAAAGAGGGUUUUCCCUUUGUGGGGAUGCUCUUCACGGGCUUCAUGCUCACGCCCUCUGGGCCAAAAGUACUCGAGUACAACGUGCGCUUCGGUGACCCCGAGACAGAGGCUCUUAUGCUGCUGCUCAGCGACGACACCGAUCUCGCCGCCGUCCUCCUCGCCUGUGUCGAGCGGCGUCUCGACGCCGUAGAUGUCAAGACUCGAGCAGGAUCUGCCGUCUCUGUUGUGCUCGCCUCGCAUGGAUACCCUGGUAGCUAUCCAAAAGGCAAGCCGAUCACCACAGGCGAUCUCCCGCCAGGUGUGUUCGCGUUCCAUGCAGGAACAGUACAGGAAGGCGAGGCGACUGUCACUGCGGGCGGCCGGGUCAUCGCGGUAUCGGCGUAUGCGCCCACGCUGCGCGAGGCGCUCGACCUGGUGUACGCCGGCGUCGAGCGUGUUUCCUUUGAGGGAAAGACGUUCCGCCGGGACAUCGCGCAUCGUGCCCUGCAGAACGAGCAGGCCGCGCCGGGCCUCACGUACGCGCAGGCUGGCGUCUCCGUCGACGCGGGCAACUCGCUUGUGGAGGCGAUCAAGCCUCUAGUGCGCGCCACCCGCCGCCCAGGAGCGGAUGCCGAGAUCGGUGGCUUCGGCGGUGUAUUUGACCUCAAGGCCGUGGGCUACACGGACCCUGUGCUCGUGAGUGGCACCGACGGCGUCGGCACGAAACUUCGUGUUGCGAUGGACGCAGGAAUACACGACUCCGUGGGCGUCGACCUCGUCGCGAUGUCCGUAAAUGACCUGCUCGUGCAGGGCGCCGAGCCGCUGUACUUCCUCGACUACUACGCAUGCAGCAAGCUCGACGUGCCUGUGGCGGCGGAAGUCAUCAAGGGCAUCGCGCGCGGCUGCCAAGAGGCCAAUUGCGCGCUGAUCGGCGGCGAGACCGCGGAGAUGCCGGGCAUGUACCAAGAAGGUGACUACGACCUCGCGGGUUUCGCCGUAGGGGCGGUCGAGCGCAGCUUGAUCCUCCCGCGCGCCGACAUCCGAGCGGGCGACGUGCUCCUCGGCGUGUCUUCGUCUGGCGUGCACUCGAACGGGUUCUCGCUCGUGCGCAAGAUCGUCGCGCUGUCCGGCCUGUCCUACACGAGCCAGUGUCCGUGGAACGACGGCACGACGCUCGGCCGGGCGCUGCUCGAGCCGACGCGCAUUUACGUCAAAUCGGUGCUCCCCGCCGCCCGCGCUGGCCUCAUCAAGGGCAUGUCACACAUUACCGGUGGCGGCUUCACGGAAAACAUCCCGCGUGAUGCUACGUUGAUGCAUCCGCAUGGGAGCUGCCGCCCGUAUUCCGCUUCUUGAUGAAGCAUGGGGGCGUCGAGCCCCUCGAGAUGGCGCGCACGUUCAACAGCGGGAUCGGGAUGGUACUCAUCGUUGAUGCAAGCAUUGCGGACAAGGUGGUUUCCACACUGACAGAUACGGGUGAGGCAGGUGUUUAUCGCAUCGGGGAGGUCACAAGCCGGAGCGGGGUGGAAAUGCGCAACUUGAGCGCUUGGACAUCAUCAUAAGGCAGACCCGUGAAUACGACAACGUCCCGCUCGGCGGGGUCGUUCGACAUCACCGGAUUCAUUACAAAAAAGCCACCGUACGUAUACUGUAGCAACAGGACUCACAAGUGUGUCACCGCGGCAUAAGUUAAUCUGAACUGU